AUGUCGGAAAACACGAUCGGAAAGGUGGGAAUGGUCGGUGUGGGAAGCAUGGGGUCGAUGCUAUCUCUUUUGUUUGCAGAGAAAGGCUGCCAUGUGUAUUACUUCGAUAUCAGUGAGAAUAAUAUGAGGGUGGAAGAGAAAAUGGUCAAGAACGUCGACAAAGAAUCUCGAAUCCAUCGUCAACAAAGCUACGCUCAGCUAUGCGAUGAAGUCAAAUCCGACUGUCACCCGAGAGUCAUCAUUCUCAGUAUUCCCCAUGGCAAUCCAGGCGAUCAUUGUGUCAAGGAACUACGACCACAUUUGGAAAAGGGUGAUAUAAUUCUCGACUGCUCCAAUGAGUACUACGUCAAUACCGAAAGACGCCAGAUCGACCUUAGCAGAGACGGUAUCUACUACGUUGGAUGUGGCGUCUCCGGCGGCUAUCAGAGUGCACGAUCUGGGCCUUCCAUGUCACCUGGAGGGGAUCCGAAAGCAUUGGAGACCCUCAUGCCAUUGCUGAGAUCUGUCGCAGCGAAGGAUGGAGACGGACGACCGCGAACUUGCCCCAUUGGACCUGGCGGUUCGGGUCAUUAUGUGAAGAUGAUUCACAAUGGUAUUGAACAAGGAAUGAUGUCCGUCAUUUCUGAAGUCUGGUACAUCCUUACCAAAGGCCUGCAACUCAGCUACGAUAACGCUGCUGAAGUGUUUGCCAAAUGGAACAGAACAGACGAGCUCUACAGCACAUUCCUCAUCUACAUCGCCGUCGACAUCAAUCGGACUCGAGACUCUGAGGGUCAUCAUGUUCUGGGCCAUGUACAAGACAAGGUUGUCCAGGAUGUGGACAAUACUGAAGGAACGGGUACUUGGUCUUGCGAAGAAGCGGUCAGACUGCACGUCCCUGCUGCGAAUAUUCUUAGUGCCCAUUUGUUUAGGUGCACUUCGGCAGAACUCAACAAGCGAGUUGCUGAUGCAGAGGCCUCGGGAUAUCCGAUCAAGCCGACGCCAAUGCAGGUCGCUUCUCCGGAGGAGUUCAUCGAGGAUCUGCGCAAGGCUACCUACUUCUGCCUAUUGUUGUGUUUCGUUCAGGGAUUGCAGGUCAUUCGAGAGAUGGAUCAGCAGCGAGAGUGGCACAUCAACUACCCCGAAUUACUCCAUGUUUGGAGCGCCGGCUCUAUCAUCCAAGCAGGCGGUAUCAUGGAUCUUCUGAGAAAGGUCUACGGUCAAUCAUCUUCAUCAAAAGAAAACCUGCUCUCGAACCCCGAUCUGGCAAAGACAUUGGCAAGUCUCCUUCCAUCGGUAAAGCGAUCUGUCAUUGCAGCAUUGGAAGCAGACAUGGUGAUUCCGACAAUCAGUUCGAGUUUGGAAUAUUGGAAGUACACAACAUCAGUCAAACUGCCGACACAACUAACAGAAGCGGAGUUGGACUAUUUCGGUAAUCACAAGUUCGACCUCAAGGAGGAACACAAGGGUGAUCCGGUUAAAGGCGAGCAUCACUUUGAAUGGAAGCCCGCGCGAGGAGAAUCCGACACGUCUCGGCAUUAG